AUGGAUGGAAGAAAUCACUCAGUGGUGUCUGAAUUUUUGCUGCUGGGAUUCACCUGUUCUUUGGAGAUUCAGAUUCUCCUUUUUCUGUUUUUUACAACAUUUUACAUAGCAAGUAUGCUGGGAAACCUUCUCAUUGUACUCACGAUCAUCUCAGACCAUCACUUGCAUUCUCCGAUGUACUUCUUGCUGGCAAAUCUUUCCUUCAUUGAUACAGGUGUUUCCAGCAUUGCAACUCCUAAGAUGAUUUAUGACCUUUUCAGAAAACAUAAAGUCAUCUCCUUGAAAGGGUGCAUUACUCAGAUGUUCUUUAUUCACACCGUGGGGGGUACAGAGAUGGUGUUGCUCAUAGUCAUGGCCUGUGACCGAUACAUCGCUAUCUGUAAGCCUCUCCACUACCUGACCAUCAUGAGCUCAAAAACAUGCAUUUCUCUUUUGGCUGCUUCUUGGACGAUUGGACUCAUCCAUUCUGUGGCCCAACUGGCUUUUGUUGUAAAUUUACCCUUUUGUGGUUCCAACAAAAUGGAUAGCUUUUAUUGUGAUUUUCCUCGAUUCAUCAAACUUGCAUGUAUAGACACCUACAGAUUGGAGUUUCUGGUCACUGCCAACAGUGGGUUCAUCUCCAUGGGCACCUUCUUCAUCUUGAUUUUGUCGUACAUCUUCAUCCUGGUCACAGUUCGUAAGCACUCUUCUGGUGGUUCAUCCAAAGCCCUCUCAACUCUCUCAGCUCACAUCACUGUGGUGGUUCUUUUCUUUGGUCCUUGUAUUGUUGUUUAUGUGUGGCCAUUCCCUACCUUACCCAUAGAUAAAUUUUUAGCUAUCUUUGAUGCCCUUAUCACUCCUUUUAUGAAUCCCGUCAUUUACACCUUUAGGAAUAAGGAGAUGAAGGUGGCAAUGAGGAGACUGUUCAUUAAGGCUUUCAGUUUCAGGAACAGUUCUUUCAUAAACAGACCAAGAAAUUCAGAGUCAUUUUGA